GCCUCGGGGGAAGCGGCGAUGGACGCGGGCGGCGGGGCGCUGGGGAAGAGGAGAGGCGCUGCGCGGCCGCGCGGCAAACCCCGGCCGCAGUCCUACCAGAGCCCCGGCGGGCUGCUCGUCACCGACUUCCCGGUGGAGGACAGGUGCGCCUUCACCCUCGCGCAGCCCGCGGCCACCGUCAGCGCCGCGCCCCGGGGGGGUUCCCCGCGCCUCCCCGCCCGCGUGGGCUCCGAGCCGCCCGCCGGGCUGCUGGCGCUGCUCUCCAGCGCGUCCCUCGGCUUCGUCGCUAACGGCGCUUUCCCCGCGCCCGGCGGCCCGCAGCCCCGAGGGGCUCGAGGAGAAGCCGAGCGGGGGCCGGCGGGGCCUGAGGGCAUCUCCCGGGCCAUGUCCCCGGAGCGAGGCGUCGCUCCCCCGGCCCCGCUCCCCGAGCAGCCCGCCGUCACGCUGAGCACCCACAGCCCCGCCGCGCUGAAGGUGGGCACGCAGCAGAUCAUCCCCCGCAGCCUGGCGUCCGACAGCAAGGCGGCCCACAAGGGCGGCGCGCACGGCGCGGAUGCCGGCCGGCGGGUGCUGAAGGCGCGCAGCAUGGUGGAGAGCCCCGGGGUGCUGCUGGGCGCCGAUGAGGAAACCGAGGGUGAGCCGGACAGCCCGGGCGUGCUGCGGCGCGGCCUGCGCUCCACCUCCUACCGCCGGGCUGUGGUGAGCGGCAUCGACCUCGACGGCUCUGCUAACUUUAAGAAGAAAAACAGAAUGUCUCAGCCCAUACUGAAGGCCGUUGUUGAAGAUAAAGAGAAGUUUUCCAGCCUGGGGAGGACAAAGAAGAAAACGCUGAAAGGACAAGGGACGUUUGAUGGGGAAGAAAACGCUGUGUUAUAUCAGAACUACAAAGAAAAAGCUCUGGACAACGAUUCUGAUGAGGAGUCGGAGCCCCGAGAGCAGAAAUCAGAUGAAAAGGUUGUUUUUCCCUAUAAGCCCCUGAGGUCAACAUGGAGUCAGCUAUCAGUUGUGAAAAAGAAUGGCUUAUCAGAAACGAUCAGCCAGGAAGAAAGGAAGAGACAAGAGGCCAUAUUUGAAGUGAUAUCUUCUGAGCAUUCUUACUUGCUGAGCUUGGAGAUUCUGAUCCGCAUGUUUAAAAAUUCCCGGGAGCUGAGCCUCACGAUGACCAAAACGGAGAGCCACCACCUCUUCUCCAAUAUUGCAGAUGUUUAUGAAGCAAGUAAAAAGUUCUUCAAAGAACUUGAAGCGAGACAUCAGAACAACAUCUUCAUUGAUGAUAUCAGUGAUAUUGUGGAAAAGCAUACUUCUUCAACUUUUGAUCCUUAUGUAAAAUACUGCACUAAUGAAGUCUAUCAGCAGCGAACGCUUCAGAAGUUGCUAGCUACAAAUCCAGCAUUUAAAGAGGCGUUGUCACGCAUUGAGUCCCAUGAAGACUGCAGGAAUUUACCGAUGAUCUCCUUCCUCAUUCUCCCCAUGCAGAGAGUUACUCGUCUUCCAUUACUGAUGGACACUAUUUGUCAAAAAACUCCUAAAGAUUCACCGAAAUAUGAGAACUGCAAGCAAGCCCUGAAAGAAGUUAGCAAGUUGGUGCGUUUGUGCAAUGAAGGUGCUCGAAAAAUGGAAAGGACAGAAAUGAUGUACACAAUUAACUCCCAGCUGGAAUUUAAAAUCAAGCCAUUUCCUUUGGUUUCUUCUUCACGGUGGUUGGUGAAGAGGGGUGAGUUAACAGCGUAUGUAGAGGACACGGGGCUUUUCUCUAAAAGGACUUCCAGGCAGCAGGUGUAUUUCUUCCUCUUCAAUGACGUCCUCAUUAUCACCAAGAAGAAGAGUGAAGAGAGUUACAACGUCACAGAUUAUUCCUUAAGGGAUCAGCUGGUGGUACAGCAGUGUGACAGUGAGGAGCUGACCUCUUCUCCUGUGAAGAACACUUCAGCCAUGCUGUACUCACGGCAGAGCUCCCCAGUUCACCUCUUCAGACUGUCUGUCCUCAGUAACCACGCAGGAGAGAAGGUGGAGCUGCUUCUGGGAACAGACACUCAGAGUGAAAGAGCUCGCUGGAUUGCAGUGCUUGGACAAGACAGAGACAGGCAGAGUACAGACAGAGCCACUUUGACGCAGGUAGAGAUCAUCAGAACUUACACAGCAAAGCAGUCAGACGAGCUGUCUCUUCAAGUUGCUGAUGUUGUUUUGGUUUAUCAAAAAGUAAAUGACGGUUGGUAUGAAGGGGAACGACUGCGGGAUGGUGAAAGAGGCUGGUUUCCCAUGGAGUGUGCAAAGGAAAUCACUUGUCGUGCCACCAUUGACAAGAACAUGGAGCGCAUGGGACGUCUGCUUGGACUGGAAACAAACGUGUAGAUGGCUUCUGCAUCCUCCUACCGUGCUGCAGGAUUUGCACUAAACUGCUGUCAGCAGAGGCACAGCUGCACGCACUACAGCUCUUGCAUGGAAGACGUGAGGCACAGAUGCAUUAAAUACAGUGACAGAGCACUGAUACUUCAGAUAGCCCUUCUUGAUUCACGUUUUGAGAGCUCUAAACUUAUGCCUACCUUGAGUAACAGCAGCUUCUAUGAGACUUAGGUUCCUGGGCAGUGGACAUCAGCCAUACUUUCUUUUUUAAAAACAAUUUUCAAAGCUUUUAGCUUUGGUUCCUUAUCCCCAUUUAUAUUCUUUCUCCUUCUGUUUUCUUGAUCAUUUUUACUUUCUUUCUUUCAAAUUCAAACCUCUCUGUAGCAGGCUGAAUACCAGCAGCUCACCAAAUAAAUACAUACACUGAGCUGGAAGGAGAACAGGAGUGUAACACUGGGGGAAGGGAGUUCCAGCUCCUAAGAACUGAGCUACACUAACCAGAUAUAACUGAUGAAGGAGUGCCUGUCCAGCAGCAGCCCAGGGUGAGCCACAUUGUGUAGGACACAGUGACUAAAGCUGACACAAGCUCCAGAGGAGCCGGACAUAUCUUGUGGGGUGGUGCUGUGUGCUGUGGUGUUAUUCAUACUGCUCACGGUCUCUUCCUGCUGCUCCAGAAAGGAACUGUGAAAGCAAGCAAGAGGUACCAGCUUUUCAAAAUGAUGAUCUUGAGCAUCUCAUUCUCUGAUACAUUUUUAGCAUGACCAUCAGACUUGAGCUUGUUUUCAUUAAGAAUACUAAUAAAUACACACAGUUUGAGCUCUUUGAUGUCCUUCUGGCAGUGCUCUGCUGUGCCUUAUGUUGUUUCCUCCAGGAAGAUUUUCCUGAAACCCAAUUUUUGCCAAAUGCAGAGGCCAUUCUGUCCAGUGUCUCUCAACUCCAAAAGCUCUUCCAGCUCUGGAUGCCUCUGGCAGUGAUUGAGCCACUUUCUUAAUACUUACUACAAAAUAAUUUCAAGCUGUACACAUACCACAGGAAUGUGUUUUUUCCCACUAGCAUCAACCACCUGAGAACUGAGAUGCCUGCACUCCAGUCUCUUUUCUGGUGUCUUAAAGCAGUAUAACUGCUGGAAAUCUGUCCAAUCCCUUUCAGUUUUUUCCAGGUGUCAAGUUAGAUCUUAAGUUACUGCCUGGAUGGGGCCUACAGUAAACAUGAAGUACUUUUUCCCAUCUUUUUUUUAGUUCUUCCUUCUUGCUCUUCUGAGGAAAUAAAUGAGUUAUUAUUUGUUUCUGUGGAUGUAAAAGUUCAACUGAGCUUCAGUGUACUGAAUAUCAUCGUUAGCAUUUGUUAGCAUUGCACUGAAGCCACAGGCACAGCCAGAAAGGCAGUAAUAAGACCCAUGGAGGCUGAUGAAGCUGCUGCAUCUUCAGUGCAGGAACAGGGAGGAGAGGUGUGGAAGCAGAGGGGGUGUCUCUGCCCCCCACCACAGAGCAGGGGGGAGCCCUGCAGGUGGAGGAACUCUCCCUGGUGCAGCUCUUCUUGGCUGUGGAGACCUGGCACAGUUGCACAUCACACAACACCUCUGUUUUUGCACCUGCAAUUUAGCUUUGGAAUUUCACAGAAAAAUAGAGCUACUUAAUAUUGCGUGAAGAGAAUGCACUCAAAACUAAGUUAAUUUCAGCACCUCUUUUCUGUCUAUAGAUGAGACAGUUUGUGUUCUAACAAUCUCCAUCUUCUCACGGCCCAGCUGCUGCCAGAGCAGGCUUCAGCACGUGUGCAGUGAGAGAUGUGUGGCACCCAGGCAUUCUGACACGGUCCCCAUGGUUUUUAAAAGGUUCUGGACACUGUUUUACAUAGACUGUAAUGUGAUGAUUUGUGAAUAACUUUGUGUAUAAAUAUGUACCUCUGUAACGAUUGAAAAGCUGUUCGGAAGACAUGUGUACACAAAUGCUGCCCUUGGCAGCCUGACAGUGGCUUUCCAGCCUUCCCAAUUAAUUUAUAAGAAGAGGACUGAUGAAAUGGCAAUGAUACGGACUGUACAUUGAACAAAGUCUUAUUUAACAUAGUAGAAAUACUGCUAAUAUUUUAACAAAGGAUUUAUUGUACACAGGUGGGUGUUUAACACAUAACUGAAUGUAUAAAUCCAGGCAUUAAUUUUAUUCAGAUUUUUAAUACAGUGUAUAUAUUUUAUACCUAUUUUUUCCAGAAGUGCUGUAAUGUUUUUUAAGAGCAUUUUUCUUAUUCUCAGACACAGUUCUUAAGGAAUUAAAGACUUUUAUAGGACAACAAUCAAUAAAAUCCUUUAAAAUCCUUACUAAAA